ACUGGUGAGAGCCUCCGCUGUCCACCUGACCCGCGUGGCGCGGAAACUUUUGCAGAGUCUCCUUCUGGAGGAAUACUUUUCCAAACAACGCUAUCAUUCAAAUAACUUUUUUUUUUGUUUUUGUUUUUUGAAAUAUGGGAAAUAAAUACAUCGUCCUUGUGGCUGUGUGGAUAAGUUUGGAGCAAGUCCUUGCAACGUUUGAGCCUGAAUUCAACUCCACGGUGUUCGCCAACAGCACAGAGACCACCACUCCUCUUCCCACCGCUGGCGAAUGGCUCCAUGACCUCACUGACAUCCAGUCCAAGUUCUCCCUGCGCACCGCGGAGGCGCCCGAUGAUGACCUGUGCUACAUAGAGCCCGGACACCCCGAAACCAUCCAGCAGUGUGACUUCAAACCGGGGAACCACACGUUCCUUGUCAUCCAUGGCUGGACGGUGACAGGCAUGUUUGAGAGCUGGGUGCCCAAGUUGGUGUCCGCUCUCUACUGGAGGGAACCCGAGGCCAACGUGAUCGUGGUGGACUGGCUGACACGCGCCAGUAAGCACUACCCGACCUCCGCCGCUUUCACUCAGCUGGUGGGCCGAGACGUCGCCAAGUUCAUCAUCUGGCUACAGAAAGAGCAGAACCUGCGCUGGGAGUCGAUUCAUCUGCUGGGCUACAGCCUGGGAGCACAUGUGGCUGGAAUUGCCGGGGCGCUCACACAAAAUCGAAUCAGCAGGAUCACUGGCUUGGAUCCAGCCGGUCCGGGCUUUGAGAACGCAGAAGACCAGAGCACCUUGUCCAGAGAUGAUGCCCAGUUUGUGGACGUUUUGCACACCAACACCAGGGGGACUCCGAACUUCAGCAUCGGGAUCCAACGACCUGUGGGACACAUCGACAUUUACCCAAAUGGAGGCACUUUUCAGCCGGGCUGUGACAUCCAGAACACCUUGAGAGGACUUGCGCUGGAAGGCAUGAAGGGGUUUCAGAAUAUGGACCAGCUGGUGAAAUGUUCCCACGAGCGCUCCAUCCACCUGUUCAUCGACUCUCUGCUGAACACUCAGCAGCCCAGCAUGUCUUACCGCUGUGGCAACAAGGAGACCUUCUACAAGGGCCUCUGCCUCAGCUGCAGGAAAAACCGCUGCAACAAGAUCGGAUACAACAUCAACAAAGUCCGCCCAGCCCACGCUACCUCCAUGUACCUCAAGACCCGCGAUGUGAUGCCCUACAAAGUUUUCCACUACCAGGUCAAGGUGCAUUUGUUCAGCAGUAAACCCCUGACCUUCACUGAGCAACCCAUGAAAAUAUCUCUGUACGGAACCCACUCAGAAAAAGAAGACCUGGCCUUUGUCCUGCCAAAGAUGGAAGGUAACUCCACUCUGUCCUUCCUGGUCACCACUGACGUUGACAUCGGUGAGCUGAUGAUUGUCAAGCUUCGCUGGGAUAAGGACGCCUACAUUAGCUGGUCGGACUGGUGGGGCAGCAGCAAGUUCCACAUCCGAAAACUGCGCAUCAAAUCCGGCGAGACUCAGUCAAAGGUGAUCUUCAGAGCUCAGGACGGGGAGUUUGCUUCCCUGGUCCGAGGAGGCGAGAACACGGUGUUUGUCAAGUCAAAGGAAGACAACGCCAGUCGCCGGCAGAGAGUAAUGCACAAGCUGAAGACAGAGGGCUCUCAGUUCGGGAGGAACGAUGCCUAAAGAUGCACUUCCAUGGUCCGGCACGUCCACCAACACACACACACACACACACAAGCAGCCAAAGAUGGACAGCACCCAACCUGCCGGACCAGUGGACUCUGGUGUCGCUUGCUCUGCUCGACUCAUUUUGCUGAUGAUGCGCUUUUCAUGCAGCUUUUUUAUUGCAAUUGUAGUCAGAGGGAGGACAUGGUGAACGCUAAGCUGUCCGUGUGAUCUUUGGAUUAUUAUUCACACAUAAUUUGACAAAGUGACAGGCAGGAUCGAGGCACAUUUUGUAGUUAUUUUUAAAUGCACACCUUGAUGAUCUUUUUCAUGUUCUAUGAUCUUAAUGGAACCACUAACAGCCAACAAUCAACAAGGACCAAAGAGUUAAUGACUGUCUACUGUGGUCUUUGUAUAUACCUUUUUAAAUCAGGUCAGUAUUAUAUAUAUAUAUAUAUAUAUAUAUAUAUUGUCUCUCAAGUGUGAGUAAUGAGAUCUGAUCUAUGAAGUCUUGUUCUUUGAUUGAAUUGUGGUUAUUUUGUCACGUGUCACUUUACAAAGGCACCGAUUUGCCUCCAUCCAUGAUAUAGAUAUAUAUAUUGUUCUUGGUCUCAAUCUGGCAGGGAUGUGAAAGUCUUUUUCUUUUACAUGUGAAUGAAAUUAAGUUGCUAAAAUUCUCCUCAAACACUUGAUGAACGCGUGAACUCCUGCGUGAGAUGGAUACUUCAGUGUUCAGUGUGUAACUCGAAUUGAAAGCCUUCGUGUUGUGAUGCUCUGGCCCACCACCGUAAAGAAAUGGCAAGAAAACACCCUGUUGUAUUUAUUGAUUGUAAAUUUAUAUAUUUGUAUAUUAAGCUGUAAUAUAUUUUGGCAGGCCUUUCUAAUGUCUUUUUUAAAUAAAUGGAGCUUUUUGUGAA